AUGAAGAGUUCUUGUUGUUUCUUCAGCACGACAAACUCUGAAGUUUCCAUCACCGGUGACUCACCCGUCACCGAGGAGGACGCCGGCUCACCUCAGUGCCCCCUGCUGGGCAGCAUGGAGCCUGGAGUCAGCCGGCUGCCUCUCCAGGUCCUGGGAGAGAACGAGGCGCUGCAGCAGUUCUUCAGUGGUCAGGAUGUGAGCGGUGUGUUGGACAGCUCUGUCGCCGUGGAUACAAGCAUCCUGGAGCAGUACCUCAGCAAUGACAUGGAUCCCAACAGCUUCAUGCUCCCUGAGUCUCCUCCUGACUCGAGCUCGGAGGCCUGUUCACCUGCACGGAUACCAGACUUCCAUCACGAGCCGCCAUAUUGGUCCAACCAGCAGACCACCCAGGGGCUUUUCCAGCCUGCGACACAAUCUGCUGCUUCUUCAUCCUGUAGCUUUAAGGAUCGAGGCUCUACCCACGUCCACUCUGACUUGCUGACCCACGAUCAGCUCCGCAGUUUGGGCCUCACUAACACUUACAUCAGGACUGGGACACCGCCCAUCCCACCCGCUGCACCUGCUCCCCUGCACCAACAUACGCACCACUCACCUGAACACAUACACUACCUGAGUCCACAGAGCUGCUCACAGGUUUACACCCCACCCACACCUCCCUCCCCGCCGCCCUUGCCUCCCUCGAACAGCUACGUUGCACCCUGUGCUGGCCCAGACAUGGGCCCCCAUUUAACUGCGCCUCCUUCGGCCUGUUUGCUGGGUUCUGCCCCAACGCUACACCCCUGCUCCCCGCAAAGUAAAAAGAGGAGGAGAUCAGAGUGUGAGGAACCAGCGGGAGGAAUGGAUGCUUCCUGCAGUGAUGCUGAUGGGACUUGUGGUGGCAGUGCAGGGAAUGGCGUAGGUGGUGGCGGACUAAAUUUGGGAUCCUUCCAGCUUCUGACCUGGGAGCAAUAUAGGCUGGGACACUGGAGCACUUUGUACGACAGCAGCUACCAGACACUGUCUCCUCCUGCCUACCACGUCGACACAGAUAAAGGCUUUAACUAUUCCACAGCUGACGAGGCUUUCAUUUGCCAGAAGAAGAACCAUUUUCAGGUCACCAUUCACAUUGGCGUGGCUGCAGAGCCACAAUACGUCAGAACACCCAGCGGGUCACAGCAGGUCGACCACUUCCUAAUAAAAGUGUUUGGGGUCAAGCUGGAAGCUCCAAGCCACCAGGUGACCAUCGAACAGUCCCAGCCCGACCGCAGUAAAAAGCCCUUCCACCCUGUCAGGGUCAACCUUCCCAGCGGUAAGAUCACAAAGGUAACGCUCGGCCGGCUGCACUUCGGCGAGACGACGGCCAAUAAUAUGAGGAAGAAAGGCAAACCCAACCCUGACCAGAGGUAUUUUCAGAUGGUGGUUGGUCUAUACGCUGCAGUGGGAGAGGACACCUUUCUCCUGACAGCUCUGGUGUCAGAAAGAAUCAUUGUCAGGGCUUCAAACCCCGGUCAGUUUGAGACAGAUGGGGAUCCCCUGUGGCAGCGUGGGGGGGUGCAGGAUGCUGUGGUCUGCCAGGGUCGGGUGGGCAUCAACACAGACUCCCCAGAUGAGGCGCUGGUCGUCUGCGGUAACGCCAAGGUGAUGGGCGCCAUCAUGCAGCCAUCCGACUGCCGUGUCAAAGAAAACAUACAGGAGGUCGACUCUGAGCAGCAGCUGAAAAGAAUCACUCAGAUGAGAAUAGUCGAGUUUGAUUAUAAACCAGAGUUUGCCUCCACCAUGGGAAUGGACCACACCCACCAGACAGGUAUAAUAGCUCAGGAGGUGAAGGAGCUGCUGCCGUCAGCGGUGAAGGAAGUCGGAGACGUCACCUGUUCCGAUGGAGAGAGGAUUCCUAAUUUCCUCAUGGUAGACAAGGAGCAGAUCUUCAUGGAGAACAUCGGGGCGGUGCAGCAGCUGUCGAAGCUCACCGACAACCUGGAGACUCGGAUCCAAGACCUGGAGGUCUGGAACCGCCGACUGGCUAAACUGAAGAGCCUGACGGGAAGCCUGCGAUCCACAGAGAAACCCAGAAGAAACAGCAGUGUGUCGACGAUGCCGAGUACUGACACUUGUAAGACUGGGAAAGUCCAGAAGGAGGGCUGCAGUCAGAAAUACAGCCACUGUCUGCAGCAUAAGGCCUUCCAGGCCAGCGCCUACAGCCUGCUGGCCACCAUGGCUUUCUGCAUCAUCUCUAUCACUGCUCUGUACCUGCUAAAUUUGAAGGAGAAAGACUUGACUGGCUUUCCGGACAACAGUAAUGGGAGCGUGGUUCCUAUGCAGUCCACAGCUUGGACCAGCACAGUCCCGCCAACCAGGCCACCCGGCCCCUGGCCCCCAGAGAUUGACUUCUGUGACCUGUUUUACUGUGAUAAGGUGUACUGCUGCCCUUCACCAGCAAAGGGCAGCACUGACUUCAACGCCACCGCCAUUGAAUCAGGUGGAACAGAAAAGCCUGAUAUUGCAGAAAAUAGAAAAGAAAAACUUUAUCGCAAGCUGAAAAGUGCCAAAGACUGGACAAAUACCACCAUCCAUUCUUUCAGGAUCAAAGAGAACCAGCAGCUGAUUGACAGCAAAUAUUGUCUAAGAGAUGAAUGUGGGCCUGGUAGAUACGCCUACAGAGUUCCCAUUAGCCAGUUUGUCCCAGUCAACAUGAGAGUUACCCUGCUCAUGAACUCUACGGAGCUGCUGGUGGUCCAUCUGUGUAGCUUCGAUGAGUCAGCGGCCUGCUCCUCUCUGCUGGAUGUUAACACUGUCACAGGGAGCGUAUACCCAUUAAACACACAGGGAGAACAUGAAUGGCCUCUCCACGUGGCUCGUCUUUACCACAGCUCAUAUCACUUCCGCUCCACAGUGGCUGGUCAAGCAGACUGCAGUACUGACCAUCACUUCUCGGGGGCGCUCUUCACUGACUACAUUUUCCACUUCUACAGACACUGCACAGACUCAUAGACAAAGUAAACAUUAAAUUUGAAUAUAUUAAAUGUAAAUAUAUGAAAUAUUUGCUUUGUCCUCACAAAGAUGAUAAUCAGAGAAACUGAAGCGGACUGCUACUGAAGAACAUCACUUCUGCUGUUGUAUUUUGAAGAUGCAAAUACAUUUUCUAUUGUGAUAUAUACUAUACUGCAUCAUUUUAAAAAUUGUUCAGCAGUGGAAGUUCAUCUCAGAUCAGAUAACACACGUUAGAUAGUGUUAAACUAGUAGAGACAAUAGACCAACAGAGCAACAUCACGAUGGAGACUGAACUGAUGAAAAGAUUAGGUCAAAGUUUACCUCUCAUAAUUCAAGACAUCAAAGAUUAAUUUGCAGCACAUUGAAAUUCACUAUAUUGACAAUUAUGUACAAAAAUCAGUAAAUGGAGCUCUAAUUUUAUUCACUAUAAUUGAUAUUAAUGUAAUUAAUGAAAUUGAAAGUUUUGUUAGUCUUGAUUUUUAGUUAUUCGCUAGUUUGCUGACACUUGUAGACUUUUUCUGUAAAAGCAGUAUGUCUCAUUAUUACGGAACAGGAUUUUAUCUGUGUGAAAAACACAAUGAAUUCUGAGAUUAAUCUCUGAACUCUAAGAAAACUUUGAGAACUUCAUGAGAUUUCUCUGAAUAAAACAUGAAUUUUGAUCUCAUCAUUUUGGUGUUUAAACUUGUAAUUUUGAACGACAUGUUUCUAAAUGUGAAACCCAAAAUUUAAUUUACAUUUAAGAGUGAAAAAAUUAAAUCACAGUUAUGGAAGUUAAGCUUUUCUUGUGUGAACUCUGAUAGUAAUCACAGAAUUUUUAAAAGCCUUUAAACACUCAAGCAGUAAUUAAAGAGCAGGUUAAGAAAAUAGUGCUGUAAACUCCAGCAGUAACAACAGUGGUCUGACUGAAGCAAAGUGUUAAAGUUACUUGUUAAAAACUAACAUUGAUAUGGUUUGUGUGUGAAGCUGUUAAAAUGAAUAUUUUCUA